AUAAAAAAAGAAAUUUCAUACUUGCCAACGGAAAGGAAAGGGGAACGAAAGAAUAAUAACCCAGAAAGAAAAAAACAUCAAGUCAACAAAGAAGAACGAAAACAAAACAGGUCCGAACAAGUUUGAAUGUUAUCAUCAUCAUCUUCGUUGUAAUCGCUUUUUGUCUCAUCUGGGUAUUUCCUCUGUUGACCAUUCUUUCUAUUCGCUUAUUUUCCUGGAAAAUCCAUUGGGGUUUGUUUGUUUGUUUGUGGAGAAUGUACAGCUUCCCUCUUCUCUGAUUCUCUUUACAGAACUGGAGGAAAGUUUGAAUUUUUAUUUGGUUUUCGUACAAAAGUGAGAGACUUUUGCGAUUGUUCAGGUCUUGUUGUUGUGAUUGUUCUGUGGGAAGAAUGAUUAGAGUUAUUGGGUCGAGAAUAAAUUAAUAAAUAGAUAUGUGGAAACAGAUUCUGAGUAAGCUUCCCAAAAAGUCUUCUUCUAAGAGCGAUCAUCAUAAACACGGUGGUCCUCAUUCCUCUUCUUCAUCCUCUCAUGCUUCCACUUCCAAAAGCAGCAGUCACAAUAACUCACACACCAAGAACGCUCCUCCUCCUCCAGGCGGGAGAUCCGAAGGUGGAAACAACCACAACAAAAGUGGAGUCUUCACUCCUUAUGAAGCAUUACCUCAUUUCAAAGACAUUCCCAACUCCGAAAAGCAGAACCUCUUCAUCAACAAGCUGAACUUGUGCCGUCUAGUCUUUGACUUCACUGAUCCCACAAACAACAUCAAGGAGAAAGACAUCAAGAGGCAGACACUGCUCGAGCUUGUGGACUACGUGAACUCCGCUAACAACGGCAAGUUCAGCCAAGUCAGCAUUCAAGAACUUGUCCGGAUGGUCUCUGCCAACAUAUUCAGAACGCUAAACCCUCAGCCGCGUGAGAUUAAUAAAGUCAUCGACGCCUUGGACCUUGAGGAGGAAGAGCCUUCCAUGGAUCUUGCCUGGCCUCACUUGCACCUCGUCUACGAGCUUUUCCUGAGGUUCGUUGCUUCCCCUGAGACUGACACCAAGCUCGCUAAAAGAUACAUAGACCAAUCCUUUCUCCUCCGGUUACUCGAUCUGUUUGACUCCGAGGAUCCUAGAGAGAGAGAUUGUCUGAAAACCAUCCUCCAUCGGAUCUACGGUAAAUUCAUGGUCCACCGUCCUUUCAUCAGAAAAUCCAUAAACAACAUCUUCUACCGGUUUGUUUUCGAGACAGAGAAACACAACGGAAUCGCUGAGUUUCUUGAAAUCUUGGGAAGUAUCAUCAACGGGUUUGCUCUUCCUUUGAAAGAUGAGCACAAAGUGUUUCUCGUCCGUGUUCUGAUACCUCUCCACAAACCCAAAUGCUUGCAAAUGUAUCAUCAGCAGUUGUCUUAUUGUAUCGCACAGUUUGUUGAAAAGGAUUGCAAACUUGCUGAUACGGUUGUUAGAGGGUUGCUCAAGUACUGGCCGGUGACAAACAGCUCCAAAGAAGUAAUGUUUCUCAAUGAGUUGGAGGAAGUGCUCGAAGCAACUCAACCACCAGAGUUCCAAAGGUGCAUGGUCCCACUGUUUCGCCAAAUAGCUCGAUGCUUGAACAGUCUUCAUUUUCAGGUUGCAGAGAGGGCUUUAUUCUUAUGGAACAACAAUCACAUAGAGAAUCUGAUAAUGCAGAGCCGCAAAGUCAUUCUUCCAAUUAUAUUCCCUGCGUUGGAGAGAAACGCGCAGAAGCAUUGGAACCAAGCUGUUCAUAGCUUGACACUAAACGUGCGGAAGAUAUUUAACGACCUUGACCCUGAGCUGUUCAAGGAAUGCCUUGCUAAGUUCAAAGAAGACGAAUCAAAGCAAGUUGAAACCGAUGCGAAACGUGAAGCCACUUGGAAGCGUUUGGAAGAAGUUGGAAUGCGUAAGGCUUCGUGAGGUUUAGAGCUGUAAAGAAAGAAGAAAAAAGAGAGAGAGAGACAGAGAGAGAGAGAGAGCUUUUCGUGUCUUAUCCACUGGAGUGUGGUAUGCUCUUCAGAUACUUCUGAUAUUUAAAUUCAGGAGAAGCAUUGAAGAAAAGUGGCCUCUUCUUGAAAGUCAAGAUGUAAGAUUGUUCUAAAAUCUUCCUGUUCUUUGAAGCUUGUUAAUGUUUUCUUUUUUGCUACAUUGUCCCAUCUAUGUUUAUCUUUCCCUGAGACUGUCUGAUUCAUUCAUCUUCUCCUUUUGAUGAUAUCUGCAAAAUUGCAGCUUUAGGAGAUUGCCACAAGAAUCAGUUUGUUGUUUGUAUUAAAUACUUUUCUCCACUUGUAUAGUUUUUUUUUUUAAGCAGUCUUUGGUUUCA